GGCUCAUGCUCAGCUUGCCAUCAACAGGACACCCCGGUCCCUUUUUUGCAAUGCUGCUCUCCAGCAUCUUGUUCAUCAAUCUGUGCAUAUGUCGAGGGUUGACCCACCCCAGGUGCAGAAUCUGGAGUAAAAUUAAAGUUGACAGAAAUAUAUUUUGAAGAAUCUUUUGUAGAAUACAAAGACAGGCAAAAUAGAGAAUUCCUGCGUUUUGAAAUCUAACUGAUACGGCAAGGUAACAGCUUAUUUUCAAACCCAUCUUUGUUAACAAAGAGCAAUGAGAUUCACAUGUUUUUUCAGUUCUGCUGAGCCACAGGACGAGAAAGUUAAUAAUGAAAUAAAACCCUCCUCUGCCUCUCACUCAAAUACUCUGUUACAAAGGGGGGCAGGGUGACAGCACCAGUGCGCAUGACAGUUUAAGUAUUUGUUAUGCUAGAUGCUACAGAGAGGAAAAGGAAGAUUUAGCAUCCACUGUCUACAACUUGCCUAACAUCUGCAAGAUAAUCAGAACCAGAAGUGUGUAGAUGGAGUUGGGGGGAUAUUGUUUGAUAUAUACACCCUUCUCUGUGAUCAGAAGCCAUGAAGCAUGGGGAGAAGGAAAUAAGCAGACCACAAACAGUGCAGGAGCAAGGUCACCAGGAAGGAACCAGAAGAUGAGAUUUGGGUAAAGAGUGAACUGUGCACAAAAAUACUAUUUCCCAUUGCUGGACUCUUCCUUUGCCUGGAAUUUGUAUACAUUUUAUUUAGAAGAAAGAGAAAUAACGGUACAUGACUGAUUGCUAACAAUUUAGAUUAGCUCUUAAUAAGGAAAGGAUAAAUGUUGUUUCCCUUUCAAUGCAAGCUACCAUCCCCCUUUUUACAUUUGGGAGGAGCCGAGCAAGUGGUUAUACUGAUAGAAUGAUUGCAAUGUGAAAAGGUGGAUCUUCGUCCUACAAUGACCAGGACAAUUUGCUUCCUUCACCUUCCCCAUUCCUAUAAACAUGACUAAUUGUGGUGAAGCAGGUUCAGGACCCACCGAAUGAAAUAAAGGAUAACAACCCACAAGAAUAAGAUGUCCUGUCCCUUUGUGUAAACAACAAUUUUUUGGUUUUUUUAACUGCAAGAUGGCUUUAUUGCUCCCAUUUGUUUUAUGGAUUCUUUACCAUCCAUUACUUAAUUAAACUCAAAAUACAAGCCUGACUUUAUCAUUACUGAGCCUGUGAGCAAUCAUUAAGUGUCACUGAGCCAGCUCUUUGUGUGGUUUUACAAACCUUUACUUUGAGGAUGGGAUAAGAAUAGCUUAUUGGAUUGGUCCUGGCUAUCCUGAAAUCAAUAGGUGGUAUCAGAUCCUGAACAACACACUACUGCAGCACAUGUGGAAGAUAAAAUAUAGGGUCAGGAGGCCUGUUUAGCUGUUGCAUUUCAUCAGCAUUAUAAACAUACACCAGGCCAAAACCACAGUCACACACAGCUGAAUCAGCUUUCUAGUGCCCCAUGGAAAUACCCUCCUUCCCUGCAAUAAUCUUUCCACAGAAAGCUUUCUAAAUGAUAUCAUCAUAUUUCUCCUUCCUGGCACUUUUUAACUCUUUCUCCUGUGAAUAUCCAGUAAUAGAGGAGUUCUUUGAUAACAUUAGUUCUUAUAUACUUUUCCCUUCUUUUUCUUCCCUUUUUCAAUAUUUUAUGUGGCUUUUUUUAUUUUAUUCCACCCUGGAAAACAUUUCAGCUCAUCCCAUGGAGUUGCUAUAAUUUUUGCUCAGUGCUUUUAGGUUCAUACUCCUCUCCCAACUUUUUCCAUCAAGGAAGCCAGGAUCUGAGAUCCCUCCUGUGUUUAAUUUAAUCACCAUUUCAGAUUAGCUCACCACUGCCCAUGUAUGUGAGGGAACAAAAGAAACUGAGCAUGAACUUUGUGAUCGCUGCUUACCUAACAGGAUUGGUUUACAACUUUUCUGCAGGAACAACAAAAUCAGCUUAGCGAAAACUUUUUCUUAUUCUAAACUUUUCUUCAGACACUGAGAAAAAAACACCAAAAAAAAAGGACAGCUUGAGGGUGAAAAAAUGUGUCAGGAACAGAGGUUUUCUUUUGCAAGAGUUCCCAGGUAACAGGCAACCUGGGCUUCUUGAGCUAUUUCUGAGACAGGCAGGCAGAUUGCUAAGUCAGUGCUCUUACAGUGCCCUUCAAGAAUUAAUUAAAAGCAGUGAAAAAUAUGUUUUUCUUCCUCAGUAGGAUUUUUUUUUUCCUGAAACUGUUUUGAGCAGGUUUGGCUGGAGGAAAUGGGAGACAACUGCCAUUAUCACAUAAAGACAAGACCACUUCCUCCAGGACAAAAGCCACAGAAAGUCUCUCUCUCGUUGUAGAAGAAUUAACCGGAUGCUUUCCAACGAGUCAGCACCUCCUGCAUUCAGUCGCUCCAAUUCACAGGCUUCCAUGGACAGCACUUCCAUGGAGGACUUCUGGUGUGAAGUAGAGAGCAUCAAGGAGAGCAGAGAAGAUGGAUCUGAAGAAGCAAUGCUCUUGGAGUUUAAACCUGCUGAUGAAGGAGAACUGGAGGCAGAAUGGCUGCAAGAUGUAGGUUUAUCCACACUGAUCUCAGGAGCUGAAGAGGAGGAUGGCCAAGCCCUGCUGUCCACUCUGACCAGAACUCAAGCUGCUGCUGUACAGAAGAGGUACAACACCUACACUCAGACCCUGAGGAAGAAGAACAAGCACACAGUCCGGGAUGUGCGAGACAUCUUUGGCACCAGUGACUCUUCUCCCACAUUUGAGACAGUUCCAGUGUCACCAGUAUCUUCUAAUGGUAUCCAGCUUCCUGGGCAGAAGCCAGUUUGGAAAUCAGUUAGCUCUAAGAGCUGUCUAGACUGUGGAAUAGAUAAAGGCAGCCCAUCCAUAACAGAAGAGCUCUCCUAUGAGGUCUCUUUCUCAGAAUCCAUUACAGUCCUUCCAAAAACCCAAGAGUGGCCAAAAAACCAGAGGUUCAAAAAGGAAGACUCGGCUUUGCCAAAAUUCAUUGUUCGGAAAAGCCGGUUCGGACUGACAGAGGUUGGGGACCUCUCUCCUGAAGACAUGAAGAAGAUCCGCUACCUCUCCCUGAUUGAGCUCACGGCUUUCUACGACGCGCUGGGCGUGGAACUGAAGAGGAACCGUGUGGAGAGGGUGCGGGGACGAGAGAAUGGUCUUUUCGGAGUCCCUCUGACUGUACUGCUGGAGAAUGAUCAAAAGAAGGUUCCUGGAAUAAAAGUGCCCCUUAUCUUCCAAAAAGUGCUGCUCAAGCUUGAGGAAACAGGUUUGGAAACUGAAGGAAUUCUACGAGUUCCUGGAUCUGCCUCCAGAGUUAAGAAUCUCCAUCAAGAACUUGAGGCAAAAUUUUAUGACGACACUUUUGACUGGGACCAAGUACGAAAUAACGAUGCAGCAGGGCUGCUGAAAAUGUUUAUAAGAGAACUCCCAAGCCCACUCUUCACAGUAGAAUAUCUGCCUGCAUUCAUCACACUAGUAGAAAAAAUCUCCAAGAUCAAGUUACAACUACAAGCUUUGCAUCUGUUGAUCAUGCUGAUGCCUGAAGCCAACAGAGACACAGCCAAGGCCUUUCUUCAGUUCCUGAAGAAGGUGGUUGCUAAUGAGGGGAAAAACAAGAUGAAUUUGUGGAAUGUGUCUAUGAUAGUUGCACCAAACCUCUUCAUCUACAAAGGGAAACGUGCAAACCAGCAAGAAAUGCAAGCAGCUGCCACCACUGCACACAUUGUGAGGCUUUUAAUUCGGUACCAGGACAUCCUGUGGACAGUCCCAUCCUUCCUGAUUUCCCAAGUGAGAAAAAUGAAUGAGGCAGCAAUGAACAACAGCAAGAGACAGCUGAUGUUUGACAAAGGAGUGAGAAAACUUCUGAGGAGAAAGACGAUGGAACGAGAGAGGCCUGAAAGACCAGAGGGAGCUGUCACUUUUCCUCCAUACUUGCAGUCUGACAUACCUGAGGGGGUGAUAAGAGUUUAUGCUCCACUGCAUUCAAAAGUCUCUAUGGCAAUUCAACUCAACAGCCAAACAAAAGCCAAAGACAUCCUGGCUCGAUUCCACUGUGAAAACAGGUCAGCACUGUUUGGAUCCAGAUGCAUUCAUGUUAGAUGUCUACCGUGCAAAUCCUCAGGCAGAAUGGGUGAUAAAACCAAAAGCCAGCUGAAGCAGAAGGCAGCAGUAUACUGGACUAAAGCCAAACGGACAAGACUGAUGCCUGUCAUUUUAAGCAGCUCUUGCAGAGACGAAACAAAAUGGUAGCUACAGGACAUCAUUCCUUCCUACUGUACUGUCCAACUGAUGGUCAGCACACAGUACUUUUGGUAUUCCAGCUUCUGAACCAUCAGAGAAAUACCACAUUUGUUAUGUUUUCAUAUGGAUUACACUUGUGCCAGUUGGCCCAGGAGGUGGGGAGGGCAGACCAAGGUACGGUGCACAGAAAACAACCUGUCGCAUGAGUUGUUCGCUUCCUGACCUGGUGUCAGAACACAGAUUUUUGGAAAUAAUGCAGUGGCAUCAGAUGAAUGAAACACUACUGACCACAGCAUAACAUAGAAGCACGACAGAGACAUUGGAGAAAAGAAGGCGUCUGUCAGGCAUGGAAGGCAGGAGCUCAACAUGCAGCAGUGCCAAGACAGCUGUGAAAAAACCAAAGCUUUCUGCUGAAAGUAAACACAUACAGUGUGUGUUACUGCAAUACCUGUCUCUCAGUCACUCCUCAUGAGUACCUGAUUCUGGGGGAGGGAGGCAGGAGGAGGAACUAUACACAGCUGUACUGCUCAAUGUAUGUACCACUGUGUAUCUCACUACCGUCUUCCAAAAUAGUCUGUCUGGAUCCCUUAGCUGUGUGCAAUUGUAAUGCCACGAACCACGCUCUUUUUCCUUCCCCUGUCACACAAGUUUCAGGAGACAAAGGCUGGGUGAGAAAGGCCAUAUGCCCCUAGCUCUGCCUUUUACUUGAUACACUCAGAAUUAAAUCUGUGUAGUGCCAGACUAUGAGAUGUGUUAAUGGUGCCACUUACAGUCAUCAUCUUUUUCGUUAAACAUUAUAGUUUCUAAUUUGUAACCUAAUUCUUUUUAUUUUGUUUGUUUUAGCUUUUAAUAUGUAAGCAGUUUUUAUACUCUUCAGCUGCAUCGACAAGAGAGAUCUUUGUUCAGGUCUUGUAUAAUACAGCAUGGAGAAGAAAAAGGGUUUCCAAUGAGAAAAGGGAUUUAAUAAUUUACACAUUAGGUCUUUAAAACCGUAGCCAAACUAGGCCCAGUUGUGCUGAGGGUUUUACAAAUACAUAGCAAAUUGCAGCUCACAUGCAGUCUAAGAAACACACAGGCUGACAAGAGAAUAGUGGGCUGCACCUGCAUUGGGAAUGUCAGAUAGGAUGUCUGGUUUGGAGCUAGUCACAAGAGGAAGCAAUGUUCUUCACUUGGUCAUCUCACUUUGGGCUAUGGUGAACUAGAGGUUUGUUGAGAGGGAAAUCACAAAUCUCUGGAAAAGAGCCAAGUAUUUUUUCAUCUGUGUCAUAUGCAGUAAGUGGAACCAAUGCCUUCAACUGCACUGCAAUGUCCCCAUCAUUAGAUGAUGUUGGACUAUGAAACCAUCCCCAGCAAUGAUUUCUGUACCUGAUCUGGACACAGGGAUGAGGCAGAAGCUCUGUUUAUCACAUAACGAUAUAAAAGCACUCUCAACCAAGUCAUCCAGGCGAACAUAAAUUCUGCUGUCCUGCAGAGAAAGCCUGUAACCUGUGAUGCUCUGCUGAAGCUGUGCAAUGAGGAUCUGAAACAGAAGCAGAGCUCUAAAAUGUGUCAAGUUAACCAUGUUCUCCAGUAGUUAACUUUCAUUGUUAGUGGUCAGUGAAAGAAAUCAACAUUAAAUCAGUAACUUUACCAGCAACAAUAAUGUCUACAGAGGGCAGAUCCUGUCUUCUUUCUUACCUUCUUGAUAAAAAAUGAUAAAAAUUUAGCAACAUUAUCCCUUCAUUUUCUUUAAAACAGUGACAUUUUUUAACUUUCUGGUUGGUUUGGUUGGUUUGGGUUUUUUUCAGGUUUUUUUGGUUUUGUUUCUCCUUUUUCUUCUUAACACUAAAGGAAACAUAGUUGCAGCCAGGAGAAAAACAGGACAGUUGUAUUAUAAAAUACACUCCUUAUUUUGACAACUAUUUAUUUUAAGUAUACAAGAUAUAGUUGAUCUGUGACUUGUUUAUAGGACUAAGCAUAAACGUUUUGUCAUGUGCUUUGCUCCCGAUACCCUUCAGUUCCCUCUGUGGCAAUGGACAGCUCUUUCUGCUUAUGCUGCCCUUGUCUGUCAGCUGUAAAGCAGGACUAGUACUUUCCAUAUAAAGGAAACAUGAGAAUUAGUUGAGUUAAAUUCUACUCUCAGAUGCAGCCAAACAAUUCCCAGAGCAGAUCAGGAGUUAUAAACAUCCAUCUGGGAAGAACAAACUCAGCAAAGGCUUAUGUGGAAAGUGCUUUGAAUACAAAGAGAAUCAUAUAAAUACUAAGCAUCAUUGUAUCCGUAGCCAACUAAAAGGAGUUCUGUGACUAUACAGAAAGCCUAAACAUUAAGAAAAUAAUUUGAAAUGUCAUAGCAAAUGAGCUAACUUCCAACAGUACUUCCAGAGAAAUACAUUGACCUCCUCCAUCUUGCCCACUCUCUUCACUCUGUGUUCUCAAUGGCUGUGCAAGGAGAAGGACACCCUGUGUUCACACUGCAACUUGCUCAUCAUGUUCUCGACCUCAUCAAUGUUAUUUCUGAAAUAGAUCUCCCUGUGUUCCAUAUAGAAUACAAGCGGGUUUGGAAGACUUUACCACUUCACAACUUAAGAAAGUCAAAUAUGAUGUAAUAAAACCCACCCUGUGAGCUCUUUGCUAAAACUGCCUACAACUAUAUUAGCUAACUAUAUUAGCAGAUGAACCAGAUUCUACAUAGAGUGCCCAGACUAUUACAGCAUGGCCAAAUACCUCCUGUGUCUGAAACAGAAUGUUAUAAUUCUCUUUUGAUACAAACGCCCCUAAUGACCCAUGUGUACUGUGGUUGAUACUGUUCCACAUUAAGUUGUUUUGUGUUGUUUUGGUACACUAACUUGAUUUAAUAUGCAGCAGACAAAUGGAACAAGCUCAAUAGUAUUUUGAGAUAUGAGGUCUCAACUUCAGGUCUUGUAUUUCAAGAUGCUGGUGGAGGCAUGAGGAAUUUCAUUCCUCCUAACAGAAGUUGAAGUCAAAACUAAGUUACAAGAGGAUUGUCACCUAACAACAAGUAACAUAUGUGGAAAGCUAUUAAUAAGAAAUUGGUAGCAAGCAGGGAGAAAUUUACUGAAAUUCCAAAGAUGCCUCAAGCAUUUAUAUACUCUAUGGUUCUACAAGGACAGCAUUUUGCAUAUCAACACAGAGAAAGAGUAUUGUAAAAAGCAGGUGUUGCAAAACAGACUGGAAUGCUUUAACCUGUAAACGCAGCUAACGUCAUUAGAAAGUGUGUGUGUGUGCAAAUGUGUCUGUGUCCAUGUAUAAUAUUAACUACCUCACUCUGCAUUUUCCAGGAAAAAUAUUUUGGCUUAGACGUUUACUACUUACUUACUAUUAUCAAUUUCACAUUAACAUUGACAUUAACACUGACAAAGUAUUUCUUUUUGUAUGAGGCAAGAUUUGAAAUUACAAAAAAAAACUCUAGUAAAAUACAUAUUUAGGGAUAUGGAUGAAACUUAGUCCAAACUAUGUUUUCUAAAUUAUGCUUGUAAUGUGAACCCUGUGAGAUCAGAUGUUGGGGUUAAUAGACAAUGAAUACAAACACACGGUGUUUCAUUUUUAUUUUUCAAUGGGUUUCUAUUAGUGUGUGUCUUCUCUGGAAAAUAAUACAAUGCCACUAAUCAAAGCGAAGUGUUUGUAUGUACGUUUCCCUUACAAUCCUCAUUAUGUUACGUGUUUUGUUGAAGUACGCCAACAUGUAAGUGUAUUUGUACAGCAGAGUGUGUCCAUUGUAUUGUAUCUGUGUCAAAAAUAAAAACAAUGUAACAAAGCCA